GCAAUCCCGGAUAUAUGAUGGUAACCAAAAGCGAUUUCGAACUAAAAGGUGCAUUUUCAAAGUGUAGAUGAAACUUUAGGAAGAAAGAUUGUACGAAGCUACGACAAACUGAACUAAUGAAAAACAGUCAUAAAGACCAAGUUUUACUCUAUACACAAUGAAAGUUGCAAACGGUUUAUUAACAAUCCUUAUCUUUUACAAUUGUUGUUCUGUGCUGAUCUGUGGACAGAAAAGUCACAAUAAUGGUUUAAAUUUGAAUAUUUCUGGAGGAGGGGGUGGAGGAAUUGGAGGAAUUGGUCCCGGGGGAGACGGUGGAAGCGUCAUCACUAACCUGAAUAUCAAGAAAAUAAAAAAUGUUCGCAAGAAUAAAGGCGACAGACAAAAGAUUAAGUUAGCAAACGGGACAACCCUUGAAGGAUUUAAUUUAAAUAUUAAUGGCGGCGGAGGUGGUGGCGGCGGUGGUCCUGGAGCAGGAGGCGAUGGUGGAGAUGUAAUUACUAAUGUUAAUGUGGGAAAGAUGAAGAAUGUUGAUAAGAUUAAACCGUGGAAGAAAAAGAAAGACAAAAAAGACAAAAAGAAGGAUAAAAAAGAUAAAAAGAAAGACAAAGAAACAAAAUAAACUAAAGAAUUACGGUGAACAGCAUUAUAAUAGCAAAAGAGCAAUAAAUCAGAUUUUAGAUAAAAAAAAAAAUUAAAGAAUUACGAUUGGUGUUGAUAAGGAAAUAUUAUAUGAAUAAAGAUGUAAUUACACACGUCUUUAUUAUUUCUCUAUUGACUGAGAUUUGA